AUGUCUCAAGAUGCCGUCGACACUAGUAACUUUGCUGGCAUUAUGGACCAGUUUCUUGAUGACCUCAGCACACCGCUUCCGUCUUUUGACAUGGACUUUUCAGCAGACCAAAAUAGCACUCGAGCGCCAGAGGGGCUGCCGCCUGAUUUAUUUCAAAACACAGCGACGCGACAUGGCCAGGAGAAUUGGUAUACGGACCCUGCAACGGAAAGGGAAAAGUCCAUCGCCAACAUAACACCACCCGCCCCAAGCCCCGAGGGUCAAACACCGCCCAUGCCGUCCACCCAAAAGUGCUCAUGCGUUGAGAUGGUGAACCAACAUUUCUCACAGAUAGAAAACUCAUCAGAGACUUUCCAGACCCUCAAGGUUUUGAAGCAGUCUCUCGCAUCAGCAAGGACCAUCCUCGAAUGUACUGUCUGCUUCCAGUCUAUCAAGAGUCCACGUACAUCGCGAAAUGUAUACCUCCUUGGCUCUUUACUAUCGAGCAUUGGAUCAUCUUAUGGCGACCUGUUCUACAUGCAGAAGCAGCGAACAGCCGAGUCAUCGCUCUCUGGCGCGCCAAUUCGUCUCGUUGUUGGCCAGCAGCCAGAUGCGCGAGACAUGGUCGAGCUUUCGAUCGACGGGCCGAGUUACGUUGCAUUUCUACAAGCAAGCUUAAAAGGCGAAUUAGCUUGUCUGCUGGAGUUGGGGGACGGACUGGCGACGAGGCAGAGUCAACUCCACACCGAAGGACAUGAGAAUUGCGAGACCGGCACGAGCUGUUCGAAUACCGAGACCCUCCCGACCACCAAACAUCCCACAGAGGUGUGCCCAAAGGAAGUUGACAUGACAACAGCUUGUGCAUGCUUUCGGACCGUUGAUCAGGUGAGAGCGGCGAUUGCAGAGGCGCAGAGGGUGAUAUCAGCAUGA